AUGUUUGAAAGAGAAGCCAAACGUGAGAAGAUCCUGGAAGCUCGCCAUCGUGAAAUGCGUUUGAAAGAGAGAAGCAAAUCUGAACAAGGCAAGGAAGAAGACGUAAAGGAACCAGAGUCUGAGAUAAUUAGUGAAGAUCUUAUUGCCCAAGCAGAAAAAGAUUUCUUUGAGAUAAUUGAAGCAGAACGUAAGAAAAGAGAGCAUGAAGAAGCAAAGGCACUCGUUGAUAUAAAUAAGAAGGAAAUGUAUGAAGAAAACGAAGAUGUGAAAUUGAAAUAACUGCAGAGUUGGAUAAAUCCCAUGGAACCAAAAGAAGACUAUUAAUUUAUUCCAUUACUUGUGUUCUUUAAUUAUUUUUAUGCAAAAUGUAUUGCAUCAAGCACCUUUUUAAUAUUGGUAUUGCUACUUGUAUAUUACAAUGAAAUUUAAGGGAAAAGCACUCAAACUUUUGCUUUAUUGUUGAUGCAAGUGGUAAUGCAAACACAUUUUUAAUAUUGCACUGUAUUAAUUCUUCAGAUUAUUAGUCAUUGAAACACUUCAACUUUAAAACACAAGCUGAAGUUCUGAAACGUAUUAUUUUUCUCAA